CCCGCAGUCCAAGACCCCCUGGCUGAGCCGCGCGCUGCACUGCAUCGGCAAAGCCAUUUUGGCGGACAAAGCCGAAGCAGCUUCGCGGCAUUAUGAGCAGCAGCAGCUGCAGGACGGGGGCCUUUUGGGGGAGGGCGGCAGCAGACGCCGCAGCUCAGCAGUUCGCGCGGUGGCUCUUUUCCAAAAGUUCAAAGACUACAACGAAGGCGGAGACGGGUACUUGUCGUAUGAGGAUUUUGUCUCUGGCAUAAAACGACUAAACAUAGACGAAGAGGAAUUGGGAUUUGCCCUCACAGAUGCACAUCUCUUUAGACUCACCUCCACUGCAGCAGGACUGCGGAGCCUUAUGCUGUUCACUGACACCAGAGAAGGCCUUGGCAUUUCUUCGGGGCCAACGGCGGCGCCCUCGCGGGCCAACUCGUACAGCUGCCGGCCCCGCACCCGCUUUGCUGAACCAGCAGCAGCAGCAGCAGCAGCAGCAACUGGAGCAGCAGCAGGAGCAGUACCGCAGCAGCAACUGCAGCAGCAGCAACAGCAACUGCAGCAGCAGCAGCACCACCGCAAGAACGGCACCAGCAGCAGCAGAAGCAGCACCGCAGCAACAGCUGCAGCAGCACCUGCAGCAGCAGCAGCAGCAGCAGCGCGAAGCAAUCGCAGCAGAUCUGCAGAUCUGGCACCAACCCGAGAAGAGAGGAGUUUGCUGCAGGUAAGAACGGCCCUCAAAAGAAGCCACUGCUGCUGCCAGCUGACCACUGGUCACCCCCUCCCACGGGGCCUGCCGCACCACCCGCCCCUGCAACAGCAAAGCGCGCCCGCGCUUCGUAGCACUUGGGCCCUGCUAGCAGCAGCAGCAGCAGCAGCAGCAGCAACAGCAGAGGGAUCAGCAGCAGCAGCAGGAACAGGAACGCCACCAGCAGCAGCAGCAGCAAGAUCAGCAGCAGCAGGGACAGGACCAAUAACAGCGGCAGCAGAAAGCUCAGCGGAAGCAGCAGCAGCAAAAGCAGCAAAAGCAGCAGCAGAAGCAGCAAAAGCAGCAGCAGCAGCAGCAAAAGAAAUGGGGUCCCAAGAACUACUGGCAGACGAAUAG